AUGUUUAUCCAAUACACUAUUGUUAAUACUGAACUAGUCUAUAUAAUUACACCCGAUGCCUUUGGUGAACUUAUAUUUCUUAUGGAGUUCAAAGGAUCUUCGAUUUUUACAGUUGGUCCUGGAGUUGAUUACCAGGUUGAAGUCGGGAAUUCCAUUGAUCAAGUUCAACUUCUCAACUUGCUGAUUUGCAUGAAAAAGGUUUAUUUAACUAUCAUCCUUAGAAGACAAGAUUGCGACUCUUUGGCAAUCGUCCAUUAUUAUUUGGAAGGCUCGUCAAAAUUUUCUGACUUGGAGAAACAUGGAAUUCUGAAGCUUAAAUAUAAAUCUGUUGAGGAAUUUCAUUUAGCUCUUCGACAAGCAUUUCACCAAUAG